UUUUAUUUGACAGUAAAGUCACCCAGCAAAAGCGCACUUUUUGUAUAUUUUUUAAAGAAUAGUUUAUCAUAAUUGCGUUAGUUUGGUGAUAUUUAUUAUUUUUGAUUGUUUUUGAUAAUUUGUUACGUGUACUACUCAGUGACUUUUAUGAAACUAUUGAGAUAUCAAUGAAUUAUGGAUAUUGGAGAUGAUGGUGAUGAUUUCCAUACAACGAUUGAACCUGUGGUUAUAAUUAAUGAUGAAGAGAGUUGUCUAGAAGAGGAUGAGUACAAAGAUAUCGUCGAGGAUCCUCUGAGAGGGGGAGACUAUGGAAAUGAUGAACUGAUAAACUCCAUUGGUCCGGAAAUUUCAAUCAUACCUGUUAAGAAAAAGAGACCUCAAAUCAAAAUUAGGCUAUUCGAAAAAGAAUAUUCCCCUUCACAAGAUGACAAUAUUUCCAAAGUUCAGAGUAUAACAAGGUCACCUCGAGAAAAAGUUCGCUUGAUUUCUAAAGAUGAAGCUUCGAGGGCAGAAGAUACUUAUACCAGAAGAAAAUCGAGUCCUCUAGAAAAGUGUCCAAUAUGUAAGAAAUUUUUUCGGCGAAUGAGGACGCACUUGCUCAAGCAUGAAAUGGUAAAACGUGAACCCGAAGAUCGUCUAUAUUGCACCUUGUGUCAAAAGACCUUCAACACCCACAGCAAUCUUGCCAUCCACAUGAGAACUCAUACAGGAGAUAAACCCUACAUUUGUGAAAUAUGUCAGAAAUCUUUUUCUCAAAGUUGCAAUUUAGUCAAUCAUAUGAGGGUACAUACAGGUGAAAAACCAUUCAAAUGCCCUCAUUGCGAUCGUGCUUUCACUCAGUCUGGAAAUCUGAACAAUCAUAUUCGCCUACAUACUGACGAGAAGCCUUUCAAGUGUCACUUUUGCGAGAAGGCUUUUGUGCAGUCUGGAAAUCUCAGUUCUCACAUAAGGAACAAUCACCAGUACAGAGACAACACAUUCAAUCCCCCGAUAUUCCCUCAACAUUUGAUGUAGACCCAAUCGGAUUCUUUCUUUAAGCGGAAUAAUAGAUAUCCAUAUCAAACGCAGUAAGAUACCUUUCCAUAAUCACUGCAGUGCCUCUGGAGUCGUGAUGGCAGUUAAAUCCUUGGUCGUAUGAGCAGUCAUUGUAUAAGGUAAUAUUAUCAUGUGUGGACUACUAAUGUGAAAGACUUAUGAUGUUGUCAAAGUGGAUUUUCAUGUGACAUCAAACAAUUGAACAUAUUUUACGGACUUCUUGAAUACAGAAUAAAGUAAUGUCUGAGGAGCCUCAAUUUUUUUCAGAUGUUCUAAUUAUCAAAAUAUAAUAUUGAAUGAAUCUUGUUCGCAUAUUGUCAAAAUCAUUAGUACCACGGCCAAGUAUUAGAUGAAAAUUACUUUGCCCAAGAGUAGAACUGGAAAAUACUUCUAGUGUAUGUUUACCAAUCAGGUUGGCAUCACCACAACUUUUGCAGGAAGUACAAUCGUUUUCUGAUGGUGCUAUGUUGGUUGGUGAGAAAUGUUGGAUAAUUAUGAUUUGAAACCGGAAUUGAUAUAUUUUUCAAAUACAUUAGUUUUAUUAUAUUUUUGGUUGUACUCUCACACACACUCUCUCUCUGUCACUAAAAUAUGAUCAUUUGAAAGAGGCUUGCUCUUAUGUCAUAUUGAAAUCCAAAUUAUUUAUUAGUAAGAUAUGAUCUUGAAAUGAAGUUAUAUGCAAAUGUUUUGUGCCAUAACUGUAGAUCUCAUUUUUAUAAAAUAGGGGCCGUUCAAGUAUAACGUAAGCAUAUUUAUUACAAUUCUUCACCCCCAUCCCACUUGUCAGCAAAAAUAAGCAAAGCUCUCACCCACCCCCCUCCCAUGCUUACGUAAACAUUGCUAUAUGCGUUUUUCAUUUUUCAAACAUAGACAAUGUGUGGGUUGCCAUAUGUGUGAAAAAAAAUAAAUAACUACUGCUGAAGUGAUCAACAUCUAGACCCCCCGCCCCCCAUGUCAUCAAAAAUACGUAAUGCAAAUACCCCCCCCAUUAGUGUAUAUGUAAUACUUGAAUGGCACAAUACUCGAAGCAAUGAACGUUUGAUGAUUAAUUUAAAGCUAAUUUUGACAUUAUGAUAAUGCUGUGGACUCUCCUAGACCUAGAAUAAAGAUGUACAAAACUGGUAUUUGCUACAGUCGAGUGCAUAAAAUAGGUGAGAUUGAAAUUGGAUAUUAUACUGACUUAAUUGUCAGUUUUGUCCUUCAUUUGAAAAACCUUUCAAUAUCUAACUUUAGAAACUGCAAGUUUAUCAUUUUAUUCUAGGUUUGGCAAAAUAUUUGUAUUUGUUGAUUUGUUAGAAAUAAUAUUAACUCAUUAUACUAUACAAUUUGGUAAAGUAAGUUCUCAACUAAGAUUUGAUUUCUGAUUUAUCAUAGAUUCAUUUGUAAAAGACUGCGAUUUUCACUUUUGUAAAAAGUACUUUUGUGCAAUACUUUGAUCUCAAAAAUUGUAGUCACUGAUGACGAAAAUUAUUAUUUAGACUGAUUUUUGCAUCUUUUUUAUAUAGCUUUCUUUACCCAUAUUUGGAUGAAUUGACUAUUUAAUCAAAUUAAAGUUAUAUGUACUUCCAAAAUAGAUUCGAUAAUAUCUUAUAAAGGAGAAUGUUUGUUUGCCUUGAUUUGUAAAUGAUAUAUUUGUUGUGAAGGAUCACAUUGAUAUAAAUAAUUCUGAAAAUGGUUCCUUAAGUGUGACGUGCAUUUCUAAUAAUAAUAAGAUAAAUUGUAUACUGUAUACUUUUGCAUGAUAAGGCAAUGUAGUUUUUUAACUAUGACAAAUAAAAUGUACCUUAGGUAA